GCUGGAGAUGGAGCCGCUGCUCCAGGCCUGGAGCUACUUCAGGCGGCGGAAGUUCCAGCUCUGCGCGGAUCUGUGCUCCCAGCUGCUGGAGAAAUGCCCCGGACACCAGGAGCCUGAUUCUGAAUUCACAGUUUCUCAGACAGUAGAGGUGCUGAGCAACUCCUAUUGAAGUAAUUCAGAGUUGAGACUACUCAGAGGCUGUCAUGAAGUGCUCAGCAUCUCAGAAGAUGAGGACGUAGGUGAAUAAAACCAGGUUCUGUUUCAUUAUGGACAAGAAAAUUGGUUACAGUUAUCUGUUUUGAUGGAGAGAGGCUGCUUGGAGUUUGAAAACAAGAGCUCUAACAGAAAUGGUUUAUGUGGAUGAAAUUGAUAUAGAUCAGGAGGGAAUAGCAGAGAUGAUGCUUGAUGAAAAUGCCAUUGCUCAAGUUGCACGCCCAGGAACUUCUUUGAAACUCCCUGGAACCAGUCAAGGUGGAGGUCCCAGUCCAGCUGUUAGGCCAGUGACUCAGUCAGGAAGACCUGUUACAGGGUUUGUGCGACCCAGCACACAAAGUGGACGACCAGGCACUAUGGAACAGGCUAUAAGAACUCCCAGAACCGCUCAUACUGCUCGCCCAAUUACUAGUGCUUCUGGAAGAUAUGUCAGACUAGGAACGGCCUCUAUGCUCACAAAUCCUGAAGGUCCUUUCAUAAACCUGUCUAGAUUGAAUUUAGCAAAAUAUGCUCAAAAACCAAAGUUAGCAAAGGCAUUGUUCGAAUACAUUUUUCACCAUGAAAAUGACGUUAAGAAUGCUUUAGAUUUGGCAGCACUUGCCACAGAGCAUGCACAGUACAAGGACUGGUGGUGGAAAGCCCAAAUUGGGAAAUGCUACUAUAGGUUAGGAUUGUACCGUGAAGCAGAAAAACAAUUUAAAUCAGCUCUCAAGCAGCAGGACAUGGUAGAUACAAUACUGUAUUUAGCAAAAGUGUAUUUUCGGUUGGAUCAGCCUUUGACAGCUUUACAUCUUUUCAAGCAAGGAUUAGCUAGAUUUCCUGGAGAGGUGACCCUUCUUUGUGGGAUUGCCAGAAUCUAUGAGGAAAUGAAUAACAUCUCCUUAGCUGCAGAAUACUACAGAGAAGUCUUAAAACAAGAUAACACUCAUGUGGAAGCCAUUGCAUGCAUUGGCAGUAACCACUUUUAUUCAGACCAACCUGAAAUAGCUUUGCGGUUUUACAGACGUCUCCUGCAGAUGGGUGUUUAUAACUGCCAGCUAUUUAACAAUCUGGGCCUCUGUUGCUUCUAUGCCCAGCAGUAUGAUAUGACACUGACCUCCCUUGAACGUGCACUGUCUUUGGCUGAAAAUGAGGAGGAGGCAGCAGAUGUUUGGUACAACUUGGGGCAUGUGGCUGUGGGAAUAGGUGACCUGAACUUGGCUUACCAGUGUUUCAAGCUGACCCUAGCCAAUAAUAAUGACCAUGCAGAAGCUUAUAACAACUUGGCUGUGCUGGAGAUACGAAGGGGUCACAUUGAGCAGGCAAGAGCAUUGCUGCAGACUGCUUCAUCUUUAGCACCUCAUAUGUAUGAGCCCCAUUUCAAUUUUGCAGCACUCUCUGACCAGGUUGGAGAUCUCCAGAGGAGUUUUAUAGCUGCUCAGAAGUCAAAGGAAGCAUUUCCAGGUCAUGUUGAUACACAACAGCUCAUCAAACAGUUAAAACAGCACUUCGCCAUGCUUUGAUGCCAUAUUUCUGUCAUGUAAAAUAGUUCAAAUGAUUUUACAGAGAUACUAUGAGAUACUAUAAAAUACAUUUUACAAAAUAAUAGCUGAGAAUCAAAUAGGAACAAACCCUCCUUAUUAAAAGGCCUGUGUUUGGUUUGGGUAGCAGGAAAAGUUUAAAAAAUUCUGAACUGACUUGUAACAUAAUAUGCAAGACAUUUCAUUUUUUACAUGUGGCUAGAACAACAUUGUAAUUAUUUCUGAGUAAAGAAUAAGAUAUUGCAACUCUGAUAAUAGUGUCAGACAAUUCUCCAUUUAAUAUUCAGGAAGCAUUUAAAAGAUUUUUUCCUGACUUUUUGGCAAGUUUUUAAUGUUCUUCUUUGACAGUGCAGCAUUGAGGCAAAAAGGUUUCAUGUCUGUCUUUCAAGCAUGGCUUUUGAUACUGUACAUUCUUACUGAUUAGUUUGUGUAUUAAGUUCUUAUGAGUACAGUUUAUGAAUAAAUUCCUUGUUAUAUGAAGCAAAACUAUUAUAUAUUUUCCUUUAUAAUCUGUUGAUAUAAAAUAAAUUGUUUUAUUUGUU